AUGUCAAAUAUCCCAGCAGGGCUACAUAUACACAAUUUGGUCUGCUCAUUUGAUAAACCUUAUUGGUAAUACUUGCGUCCUCCACUUUGACAUGGGAAUUCAGUGGUCUGCUGCCAGGGAGAAUCUAGCAACCAGAAACGAGACACAUGAGGAGGCUUCUGUGAUAAAAUGUUGGAAACUUGCGUGUGUGAUAUUGGGAUUAGACGCCGUCAUGCAUGCUCCGCUUUUCAGUGCAUUCCUUUCUGGCAAUAGAAACAGAAGCAAGUGCCAGAUUUGGUGGAUUCCUUCCACACUCUCUGCGCUCUUUUCCUGUGUCACACUUUUUGCUCUUGUUUACAUGAUGAAACGCUUCUACUCCAUUGGAAAUCUAAAGCUCCUCUUCACUGCUUCAGUAUUCAUAUUCGUUUCUGUCUUUCUUAUGGGGGCUUUUCCGCUGUCGCUCUGUUGGGGCUUUUAAGUCCGUUUGGUUUAAGCUUGUAAUGUCUAAAUUCCAGUUUUCUAUGCCAUUUCCAGAACAGCAUUAAAAUUAAAAAUCACAACUUACCACUCCAAGGAGUGUGUUAUUGCUUGUGUUGUGUUGUGUUUAUUGUAUGUUGGUUUUGUAAGCUAUGUUAAGGAGUUUCAGAUAUGCCAGCAUGGUAGUCCAGUAAGGGUACAAAGUCUACCAGCCAGAGUCCAGG